AGUGACAGUCAACAGCAAGAAAAAAAGUAAAAACCCCAAAAUUCUAAUUUUUUUUACUCAAAACAAAAUAAUAAAAUAUUAUCCCUUAUCCAUAUAAAAUAAAAUACUAAUUACAAAUUAUAAUUUGAUUAAUUCAUUUCCUUUCAACACCUAUUUCACAAAUUAACACAGUGUAAUAAUGUCGUAUAAUAGUUACGAAGACCUGAGCCGAAACGAAAUAAUUGAUUUGCUACGACAAUGGCGUGAAAACAACGAAAGGAAGGGCGAAGAAGUUUUAACCUUAUUUGACACAAUCAUUCCAGUAUUUAAGAAAUUAGGCAGCGAGAAGUAUGUAAUACUGGAGCAAGUGAUAUAUGCGGCUCUGGACUGCCACUACUAUGAGACGGCCAUGUGGUGGAUCAUGCUGCUCAACAUGGAGUUCCCGGGCAGUCUGCGCGUCAUGCGCUACAAAGCUGCCUGCUUGGAGGCUGAGGAGAAAUACGACGAAGCGCUAGAGCUGCUGGAUAAUAUAAUAAAGUCAGAUGAGACGAAUGCGGCCGCUCGCAAACGGCGCGUCUGUAUUCUGAAGGCACAGGGACUCAUUACUGACGCUAUCAAAGAGCUGGUGGAUUAUUUGAAGAAGUUUAUGUCAGAUAUGGAGGCUUGGCAAGAGUUAUCGGAGCUGUACCUGCAGGUGCAGGAGUACUCCAAGGCCGCCUUCUGCGCCGAAGAGCUGAUCCUGCACCAGCCUCACAACCAUCUCAUGCACCAGCGCCUUGCUGACAUACGCUACACUAUGGGUGGAAUAGAAAACCUGGAGUUAGCAAAAUCAUAUUACUGCCAAGCAUUGAAACUCAAUCCAGACAAUACAAGAGCGACGCUUGGUUUGUUUUUGGUAACAAACGCGCUGGUGGGCCAGUACAAGAGCUCGGGCGGUGCGAAGCGCGCGGACGCGUGGCGUCUCUCGCAGUGGGCGCAGCGCGGCGCGGCGCCCGACCUCUCCGCCGCCAUGCAGCACCUCGCCAUCACUGACUGAAACUGACUGAACACUAUAGCUCGCGACAGGUCGACAUAGCAAUCGGUCCCCCCUGACUUACCCGAUUGCCAUGUCGACAGACGAGGGAUCCUCGGGUUUUUGUCCAUCAAAAUAAAUGGCUUACAACUGCACCAUCUGCACAGGUCUUAGGGACCGUAAACGGAUAUUUAUUAUGUUAUUGGGUUAUAUUAUUGUAUUAGUUAAUUUUACAUUCUAAGUAAUAAGUAUAUGGUUACAAUAAAAUAUUUAAGAAAA